AUGUUGUCAGAUUCAAGUCUCAAUUACUUUAAUAGACAUCCUAUUGAGAAUAUUCUCGAUGAAGAUGAACUACUGGAAUGGGAAUCUGAUCUAAAUACUAUCACUCCGGAAACUGCAAUAAGAAUGUGUAAUUUGGAGAAAAUGAAAGGUACAGAUGACCUUUUUUUACCAUGUACAUUCGAUGAAACUUAUAUAUAUGAACAGGAGGCUAUUGAAACUCAACUUUUAACUUUACAGCAUGAACUUGAGUUGCAAAGUAAGUUUACAAAGUUCGGAAAUUCCAAUAUAUAA